AUGUCCUCCUCCUCGUCUCUCAAGCAGGACGACGUCCCUUCCUCCCCGGAGCUCCCCCCGCUGGCCGCGCCCGGCAUCGCGGCGGCGGCCGCCGCGGCCGCGGCCGCGGCCUCGUCCGGGGGCGGAGGGGGCGGGGUGGGGGCGGGCGGCGGCUCCGGGAGGAGGCUGCCCCCGCCGUGCUGGACGCACGAGGAGACCCUCGCGCUCAUCGAGGCGUACCGCGACAAGUGGGAGGCGCUCAAGAAGGGCAACCUGCGGGCGGCGGACUGGGACGAGGUCGCCGGCGCCGUCACCGCCCGCUGCGGGAGGUUCCCCACCGCCACCUACAAAUCCGGCGUCCAGUGCCGCCACAAGAUCGAGAAGCUCCGGAAGCGGUACCGCGCCGAGCGCACGCGCUCCAUGGGGCGCUCCAAGGGCCCCAAGUGGCCCUUCUUCCCGCUCCUCCACGACCUCGCCGGCGGCGGGGUGCCCGACGCCAGCCCCAACCCCAUAAUCAAGAUCAAGCCCAGGGGGAACGCCACCCCGGCGUCCCCUUCCCCCGUGUCGUCCCCCUCGUCCGAGGACGCCGGGCGGAGCAGGAGCCUCCACGGCCUCAUCUCCAACGGCGGGGGCGGCAGCGGGCUGCGCUUCACCAUCCCCAAGGCUUCGCGCACCAAGCCGGGGGUCCCGCGGGAGGCGAGGCCGGACCGGGACAGGGGCGAUGACGACCCGGAGGCGGAGGCCAUGGCGGAGGUGGCCUCGGCACUGAGGGCCGUCGGCGAGGGGUUCCUGAGGAUGGAGGAGCGCAGGCUGGAGCUGUCGCUCCAGAUGGAGAAGGAGCGGAUGGAGUCAGAGAUGAAGCGCACCCAGGCGCUGCUCGACGCGCAGCAGCUCUUCGUCGAGGCGUUCCUCGGCAAGCAGCAGCCGCACCACAAGAAGGCCAAGCUGGUCUCCUCCGCCGCUGCUAUGGAGGAGGAUUGA